CCGUAUUAUGUGCCUUAAGUUUCUCAUGAUUCUCUCUCUAGAACUGCUCGCUCUCUUUGAUGUUGUUGUUUGCUGUUGCUCUCUCUCUCUCUCUCUCUCUAUAUCUCUCUAGGAAGGACUAUUCUUUCUCUCUCUAUUUAUUCAUACUUGGGUUGGUGUCCCCCACAACACACAACCCCGUCUCUCGCUUUCUCUCUCUUCCUCGUAUCUCCCAUCCCCUCCUCCGCCCUCUUCAGCCCCUCCCUUCCCCCCCUUUGGUAGCUUUGCCCUAGACCCAUCUGUGCCUCCAAUCUGAUUCCGUGCUCUGCCAUGCUCUUGAUCCACUUGCUUAGAUUGCCAAGCUUUGCCAUCCGUCACGGCGGCUGUAUAAUUUCUACUUGAUUCUUGGUUUAUUCUCCCAAUGUAAGCCAUAGCAUUGAAGAUGAAGGAUAACGGUUCAUUGGCUAGUAAAAUCAUUAAUAGGAACUGGGUUUUGAAGCGGAAGCGGAGAAAACUGCCUUAUGGACUGGAUCUUUCAAAUGGUAAAGAACAGAAUACAAUAGCCUCAGAACCAUUGAGGAAUACUACUAAGCAGCAGCUAGAAAGUGAAGUAAGCUCUACUUUGUCUUCAUCUAAGAAGAAAGGACAUGAUGGGUAUUACUAUGAAUGUGUCGUCUGUGACCUUGGUGGCAACCUGCUUUGUUGUGAUAGCUGUCCACGGACCUAUCAUCUCCAGUGCCUCAAUCCUCCCCUUAAGCGUAUUCCAAAUGGAAGAUGGCAGUGCCCCAAGUGCUGCGGGGAAAGUGAUUCAGUGGAGCUCUUAAGCAAUCUAGAUUCCAUUUCAAAACGAGCUCGGUCAAAAGUUGUUGGCACAAGACCUACUUCCUCAUCAGGCACGAAGAAAAUGUCUCUAAUAUUUGGAGGCUCUGUUAUGUCGAAGAAAAGGUCUUCCAGCAAAAUGAAGUCUGCUGGUCCUCGGGUCAAAGGAUUUAAAAGUAAACCAGACCCCUCUCCGAUGGAUGAAAUUUGUCCUGGAAAUCCAAGUGACCGAUCCUCUAGUGGUUUUCCAGAAACUCGGGAUAAUGAUAAUGAAAAAAUGCAUGAUGUUUCUCCAAAUAAUGAACCUCCAGUCAGGAAAGUGGACUUCUCUAAUUUGGAAGAUUCAUGUCCCUCUCAACCGUCAAAUUCAGAGCCAGAAGAUGGAGCUGUAGAGAAGAGCUCCAGUUUAUCUGGCGAUGAUGCUCCUGACACUCAAGUUGUUCUUGCAAUUGGUACUUUCCCUAAGAAAGUUAAGAAACGGAAACACGUCCAGAAAAAUGACAUGCAUAAGAGAGCUAAGACCGAUAACGGAAACGACAGUGCUUCUAAGAAACGUGUGUCAACAAAGAAAGCUGCAAAAUCCAUAACUGUAAAUCUCCAGCAGAGAAGAAAAUCUGGUCAUGGCAAGGUUUUGCUGUCUGCUCUGGAAGACACUGUUGGUGCCAAAGGUUCAAGUGAUCUCGCUAAAGAGGAGAAAACACGUAAGCACUCUAAACGUGCACAACAUUCAGAUGGAGAGCAUCAUUUGGAGGAGAAGCUGACAAGCAAAAGUAUUGCCAUCAAUGAAGUUCAGCAGGUUGACAGAGUUUUGGGUUGUCGCAUUAAAGAAAAUCAAAACAGACUUGUGGAGAAAAGUGCUGGUACUGACAUGAGUAUAGAUGCCAAACUCAAUCAGGCUAUUGCUCAAGACCUGGAAAAGAAAGAAAUCACUGAUAGCGAUGCUAGAGAGUUGAAAGUGAAUAUAGAGAGGGGAUCUUUGGCCAGAGAAUGUGAAGAAAGAAGUUAUGACAUAGAAAAUUGUGAUGAAUCUGCUGGGGCAGCAAAUGAGCUGGGAGAAAGAGAUGAUGGGAUGGAGACAGAAGCUGAAGGAGGUGCUAACACAAGAAGCCAUGACAGUGAUGGAGAUCCCAAACGAUGUGAUAGGAGUACCUCUUGCAAUGAUAAUGAUAAGAAAGGUACAGACAUGCCAACUAGAAUAAAUAGCAAUCAUGGGGACAAACUCUUGGCUUCUGAAUCUGGGACUUCAUGCUAUGAGUUUUUAGUGAAAUGGGUUGGAAGGUCGCAUGUGCAUAAUAGCUGGAUAUCUGAAUCCCAGCUGAAAGUUCUUGCAAAACGUAAAUUGGAAAACUACAAAGCAAAAUAUGGAACAGCAGUGAUUAAUAUCUGCGAGGACCGGUGGAAGCAGCCUCAGCGAGUUAUUGCUCUCCGUGCAUCUAGUGAUGGCUGCAGAGAAGCUCUUGUGAAGUGGACUGGUCUUCCUUACGAUGAAUGCACUUGGGAAAGAUUAGAUGAACCAGUUCUUAAAGAAUCUUCACAUCUUAUUGAUCAGUUCAAGCAGCUGGAGCAACAGUCAUGGGAGAGAGAUUCUCCUAGGCGUGACUCACUGAGGUCAAAAGAUGAUUCUCGCCAAAGUGAGAUAGUCGCUCUCAGUGAGCAACCUAGUGAGCUGAAGGGAGGCUCCUUGUUCCCUCAUCAGCUUGAGGCGCUAAAUUGGCUGCGGAAAUGCUGGCACAAGGGCAAAAAUGUUAUACUGGCUGAUGAGAUGGGGCUUGGGAAAACUGUCUCAGCUUGUGCUUUUAUCUCAUCACUUUAUUUUGAGUUCAAAGCUUCUCUGCCUUGUUUGGUUUUAGUUCCGCUCUCUACUAUGCCCAAUUGGCUUUCUGAGUUUUCUUUGUGGGCCCCAGAUGUGAACGUUGUGGAGUACCAUGGAUGUGCAAAAGCAAGGGCAGCUAUUCGCCAGUAUGAGUGGCAUGCUAGUGACCCAAGUGAUCCCAAUAAAAGGACAGGCUCUUAUAAAUUCAAUGUUCUGUUGACCACUUAUGAAAUGGUUCUUGCUGAUUCAUCCCAUUUGCGUGGGGUCCCCUGGGAAGUUCUUGUGGUCGAUGAAGGGCAUAGGUUGAAGAAUUCCGAAAGCAAGCUGUUCAACUUGCUAAAUUCAUUUUCCUUCCAGCAUCGUGUACUGUUGACAGGAACUCCUCUCCAAAACAAUCUCGGUGAGAUGUAUAACUUGCUUAACUUCCUGCAGCCUGCUUCAUUUCCUUCCAUCUCUUCAUUUGAGGAAAAUUUCAAUAAUCUCACAACCACCGAGAAAGUAGAGGAGCUUAAGAAACUUGUUGCUCCACACAUGCUUAGAAGGCUUAAGAAGGACGCCAUGCAAAAUAUCCCACCUAAAACUGAAAGAAUGGUCCCUGUUGAGCUGUCAUCUAUACAAGCUGAAUACUACCGCGCCAUUCUGACGAAGAAUUACCAGAUGUUGAGGAAUAUUGGGAAAGGGGUGGCCCAACAAUCGAUGUUAAACAUUGUGAUGCAGUUGAGAAAAAUUUGCAACCAUCCCUACUUGAUACCUGGUACUGAGCCUGAUUCUGGAUCGGUCGAAUUUCUUCAUGAAAUGCGUAUUAAAGCUUCGGCAAAGCUGACUCUUCUGCAUUCUAUGCUUAAGGUUCUUUACAAGGAUGGUCAUAGAGUACUUAUUUUCUCACAGAUGACCAAGCUUCUUGAUAUUCUUGAGGACUAUUUGACUAUUGAAUUUGGGCCCAAGACAUAUGAAAGAGUGGAUGGGUCUGUUUCUGUGGCUGAUCGCCAGACAGCAAUUGCACGGUUUAACCAAGACAAAAGUCGGUUUGUCUUCUUGUUGUCAACACGCUCUUGUGGACUUGGGAUCAAUUUGGCCACUGCUGACACAGUUAUUAUCUAUGAUUCUGAUUUCAAUCCACAUGCUGACAUUCAAGCAAUGAAUCGGGCACAUCGUAUUGGUCAGUCAAACCGUCUUUUGGUAUACAGGCUUGUAGUUCGUGCAAGUGUUGAAGAACGCAUACUACAGCUUGCAAAGAAGAAACUGAUGCUUGAUCAGCUUUUUGUGAACAAGUCCGGGUCCCAAAAGGAAGUGGAAGACAUUUUGAGAUGGGGUACUGAGGAACUUUUCUGUCCUAACGAUGGAAAAGAAACAUGUGAGACUGAUAGCAACAUAGAGGAGGCAGUGUUUGAUAUGGAGAACAAGAACAGAAAGAGAGGCGGCGGCCUGGGAGAUGUCUACAAGGAUAAAUGUACAGAUGGGAACAAGAAGAUUGCGUGGGAUGAUAAUGCAAUUAUGAAGUUGCUUGACCGUUCAAACCUUCAGGCAGGUUCCACCGAUUGCACUGAGGGAGAUGUGGAGAAUGAUGUGCUUGGUUCAGUGAAGUCGCUUGAGUGGAAUGAUGAGCUGGCUGAAGAGCCAGGUGGAGGGGAGUCACCUCUUGUUGCAGGUGAGGGUAUUGGUGCAUCCAACUCUGAUAAGAAGGAAGAGAAUGUGGGUAAUGCUGUUGAGGAGAAUGAGUGGGACAAACUUCUUCGUGUCAGAUGGGAGAGAUAUCAGAGUGAGGAGGAAGCAGCCCUUGGCCGGGGAAAGCGCCAAAGAAAAGCUGUUUCUUACAGAGAAGCAUAUGCAUCCCAUCAUAGUGAAAUUCUUAAUGAGAGUGCUGGUGAAGAAGAGCGAGAGCCCGAACCAGAGCCAGAGCGCGAAUACACACCAGCUGGACGAGCACUAAAAGAGAAAUAUUCAAGACUCCGUGCCAGGCAAAAAGAGCGCCUUGCUAGAAGGAAUAUGGUCGAAGAAUCUCAUCCAGGGGGGGUACCGCCUGCGCCUGAGAGGCUCACUCAAUGUUUCCCCAAUGAUGCCCCUAAUGGUGAAUCAGUUCAAACAAUUAAGGAUCCAGAGGACGAUAAUUCUGUUCAGCACCCUGAUAUUCCAAAGUCAGGCCGACUUAAUCAAACGGUCAAUGCUCAUACUGAUAUCUCUAUUAGUUCCCUGACCCACACUCCAGAUAAUCUUCCGAGCCACAGGCAUCUGGCAGACCCUGGACCCGCACGACUGUUACCGGUCCUGGGCCUAUGUGCCCCAAAUGCUUAUCAAAUGGAGUCGCUGCAUCGGAAUUCUUCCAGAUCUAAUCCCAGGCAAAGCAGGGCUUCUGGGCCUGAAUUUCCAUUCAAUCUAGCGCCAUUCCCUGCGACUCUGAUUGGGCCGAAUAUUAAAGACCUGGAGCAACCUGCCCCAGAUAAAUUUAAAUUCGGAGAAAGACCUGGCGAAAUUUUGCCACCUCAUCUUUAUCCUCCUGGAGUUCUUGAAGAAAGAUCUGCCGCUCUGUUUGAGCGUCCAAGUUUUGCUGCCCCUGAUUUUCCGGAUAAGAUGAUGCCAGACAAAUUUCUUGAUGAAAAGUUGCUUCCUAGGUUCCCCCUUCCUCCUAAAGCUAUGCUUUCCCAGCAUGACUUCCUUCCCACCUUGUCACUGGGUGGCAGAUUCGAAUCUGUAAAUGACUCUUUUCCUGAAAUUCCAAAUUUUCCCCCAUUGCCAAACUUUAAGUUCCCUCCACUUGAGGUGCCUCGAUAUGGUCAGCAUGAGAGAGAAGUUCCCGCACCAACCUUAGGGUUGGGUCAGAUGCCAAUAACAUUUUCCUCAUUUCCGGAGAAUCACCGGAAGGUGCUUGAGAAUAUCAUGAUGAGAACUGGCCCUGGGUUGAGCAACUUGUCCAGGAAGAAAUCGAAAGUCGACGACUGGUCAGAAGAUGAGCUUGAUUUCCUCUGGAUUGGUGUUCGGCGACACGGGCGUGGAAACUGGGAUGUUAUGCUCAGGGAUCCGAGGCUGAAGUUUUCGAAGAAUAAAACUCCUGAGGAUUUGUCGGCCCGAUGGGAAGAGGAGCAGGUGAAAAUUUUUGAUGGGUCAACUGCUCCAGUGCCAAGGUCAAACAAGCCCCGCAAAUCGAGCAAAUCACCCAUAUAUCCCUCAUUUUCUGAUGAAAUGAUGACAAGGGCAUUGCCAGGAAGCAAACUUGCCAAUGCCUCAAAGUUCCAUGGCCAUUUGACUGACAUGAAAUUAGGAUUUGGUGAGCCCAUUUCUGCCCUUCCAUGCUUUGAGGCUCUGGACCCACUUGGGCUGCAUCACAAGCAUUAUCCUCCGAUUCCGCCACUACAUCCUGAAAAAAUUCAGGCGAAUCUGAUGCUGGAUCCUUCUGCUGGACCAUCUGACCGGCCCGGAACUUCAACAAACGUAACUCUUGAGAAUUCAUAUUUUGCCCCUCCUUUUGAUCCCAGCAACUUGGGCUCUCUUGGGUUGGCUAGCUUGAGCAGCUUGGAAUUACAUCAGAGGAGACAAGAUGAACCUGCUGUCUAUGGUAAGUUACCGAGCCUUUUGGACAGAUCUCUAAACAUGUUACGUGAGUCCCGCAACAGUUUCGGCCCCUUUGGACAACCUAUCGAUUCAGGAAUAUCGCCUGAUGCCACUGCUGAACACCAGAAGAAUCUUGCUGAUUCAAAGGGGAAACAAAUAGUCAAUGAUGGUGUUUCUUCAAAGAACAAGCUGCCCCAUUGGCUCCGCGAAGCUGUGACGGGCCCCACGAAGCCCCCAGAUCCAGAACUGCCUCCCACUGUGUCAGCGAUUGCUCAUUCAGUCCGAUUGUUGUAUGGGGAAGAUCAAGAGCGUGCAAUUCCUCCAUUUGUGAUGCUGGGCCCUCCUCCCCCUCGGCCUAAGGAUCCAAGGCGGAGUCUCAAGAGGAAGAAGAAGAGGCGGUCACAUAUGUUUGGUGAUCCGAGUUCCACUCCUUCGGCCCUGGAAUUCCAUUCACUUCCGCAGUCGACGCCCUUGACUGAAUCUGAACUCAACUCGGUCCCCUUGAACUAUUCACUUCCGCAGUCGACGCCCUUGACUGAAUCUGAACUCAACUCGGUCCCCUUGAACUUAAGAUCGAUGAGCCCAUCAUCUUCGAGGACGCAUAUUAAUUUACCGGGAAGAAUUUGUGCCGGUUUGAUGCCUUCCCCUGAGGUACUCGAGCUGGUUGCCUCUCAUGCUGCUCCUGGGCCCAAAUUGCCGGUCAUCGCUACUAUUCCUGCCUCGGGAAGCCCAGAAAUCCCACCGAGUGCGUCCUCAUUGCCUGAACCAGACCAGCAAGCUGAGUUGCACCGCUCAGAAGUUGCUCUGGAGCCAGAGAAGCCUGUAGAUGAUUCAUCAUCUCAUGACCAGCAGGUGGUAGCUCCUGAAGGACCUCAUCAGGUAGUGUCUGAUAGUGCAGAUUCGAGUAAAACACAGUCGGACCCUUCUCGAACUGAGCAUCCUGAUGUUGGGGCUAUGUCAUCUGAGGAAACCAUUUCGGAUCACCCAGAGAGUGACCAUGAAAAGUAGGUUGCUUCUGAAGCCUGGACUGACUAGGUUGAGAAACUGGGAUUGGACGAUUGCUAUUCUUUUUCAGUUUGACGAUCCUUACUGUAUGUUUUUUAGGGCCUUCUGGGUUUUUUAGAUGCUUUUCCAAUAUUCUAUUAUUAUUAUUUUUUGGUGGCAAGGGAUUAGGGAAUGAGAGAUGACUGAUAUAUUUUGGCAAAAAGAACAACAUAGGCUGGGGGGGGAGAGAGAGAGGGAUCAUUCCCUUGUAGGACCAAUGUAUUUCUGUAAAGUACUGUCAUAGGGGAAAUGGAAAUAUAUUGAUAGUUUUCCUCUGUCCAUGUCUAAUGUGGUUUCUGUUCCCUUUCCCAUCCAAGUGUAGUCAAAGCUUAAGAGCAACACGCUCCGGUUAGUCUUUCAUUAUAUAAUAACAAACUAUUUGCCUGUUCUCGCGC